CCUCUGGAAGAAGUUAGGGUUAGAGGUGAGAAAGAUUUUGAACGUUCAACAGAGAAGGGGGUUUUUCCUUCUUUCUUUCUUUUUUUUUUUUUUUUUUUUUUUUUUAAAUCCUGACUUAUUCCUCCCCCCUACUUCGUGCAGAGUUUGGGAAAAUGUCAUCAGAAGGAAGAGAAAGUGUAGUUGGGAGUGAGGUAAUGCCCCUGAACUAUGGGAGCAUGGACUUAGAGAGUAGUCCAUCUCCAUCUAGUUCGGAGAAAACGGUGGAGGGGGUGAGAGGGGAUGAAGUGGUGGAGGUUGGGGGGAACACAGUGGUAGGGGUUGAGGGAGACAGCAUACCUAUCACCGUAGUAAAGGUAGAGGGUAGAGGAGAGAGAGACUAUGAUGUGAAUGCAGAGGUGGUAGAGGAAGUGAAGCAGUAUAGAUCUGAACUAAGGACCAAAGAUAGCCUGGGUCACUUAGUAGAAAAUUACGAGAUCUCAUCUCGAGUGUUAGUUAGGCCAGCUGGGGUAGAGGAGAGGGCGUGCUCUGCUCCUCGGGAUCACUUGAUGCCUGUGUAUUCCCACUAUUUGAUAGCGGGACUCAGGUUUCCACUUCCUGAGUUGGGUAGUAGGAGAGAUAAGGGGUGGUAUUAUUUCACCCCUAGGGUAGUCAAUAAGGAGAGUAGGUCUUUAUUUACUGCGGGUCCUUCAUCCAUUAAGGGAUGGAAGGAAAAAUUCUUUUUUGUGGAUGAUACGGAGUGGGGGAAGGGGGAUGCCGAGGUGAGGGAGUUAGCCUCCUGGAAGGCCAAAAGGGCCAACCAGAAUAGGUUUAGCUUAAAUGAGGAUGAGGAGGAAGAAGUGGGGAGGUUGGUGAGGAAGGGGGGUGAUUUAUUAAACAUUUUGGACCUCACCAGCGCACAAUGCAUGAAAGCUGCUGAGCUCUAUGGGCCAAGCGCUUUGAGUGAAGCUGAAAUGGACCUGUUCUUGAAUACUGCUGGAGGAGCGGUCAUCCCCAAGAAGCCAAGGAAGAAGUCAAAGACUUCAACCAAACAAGUGGAUGAGGGGAGGGCCAGGAAAGAGGCAGUGCUUGCGGCUUCAGCUGAGAUGGAGGAGGAGGUGCCACAGCUGAAGAGGAAGGGCUGGGAGGAGAGGAGGGCACUGCAGAAGAAGCAGAAGGUGGUGGAGGAGGAAAGGGGGAAUGAGGUUCCUCUGUUCAUACCUCAGCCUCCUCUUGUUGAGCUGAACCCUGAGCUCAGACAGUUGGAGGAGGGGGCUAAGGCGAAGAACAUGACGGGGGCUAGGUGGUUCAUCAACAGCACCUUCCCCGAAGUGGACAAGCGUAACGCGCGGGAGGAGGCUCUGAGGUAUGGGGGAGCAUCUGUGGUGAAGCAUGUUCUUGAGCGCGAGCUGGGUGAACGGUCUAGCCUAGGAGUUCAUGGAGAGCCUGAGGGAGCGCUCACUCUUGCAAAGGCAGAGAGGGCUUCCCUGAGCACCAAGCUCGCUUUUGAGGAGAGCAAACGAAGGAUCUCCGAAAGCGAGCGUGAGGCUCAGGGGCAAGAAAUGAAGCUGAUGACAGAGGCAUUCAAGGAGCUGAAGGGGAAUAUGCAGAAGUUGGUGCAUAAUGGGAUGAAGGAGCACAUCAGCAACUUCAUCAAUUCCAGCUCGUUUGACAGCAUCGUCAACUUGUACCGGCUGCCCACUGCCAUCAUUGCUUUCACGGACUGCAGAAAGAAGGUGAAGGCUGAAUAUCCCGAAGUGGAUGUAACAAAGAUCACCUUCGGCGAGCAAGAAGGAGGAGUGGAGGAGGAUGGUGACAGCAUGUCAGUAGACUUCCGUCCUCAGAUCAAACUGAGGUGGGAGGAUGAUGCAGACGGUCUUGCUGUUUUCCCUCCACAAUUCAACUUCGAGUUCGUUGCAGUGGAGGAAGAAGGGGCAGAGGUAGAGGAAGAUGAAGUAGAGGCAAGAGUGGAAGGAGUUGGAGUGGAUGAGAGCCAAUCAGUUCCAGAAGUGGAGAUUCAUCCAGUUCCUUCUGACGAUGAGGAGCCUCCUCUGCCAGACGAGCAGCAACCAACACAGCCACCUCCUCCAACUGAGCAAGAGCUAGUGGAGCCACCUCUCCCAUCAAAGAAAUGAUUUUGUUUGUUUGUUUUUAAUUUUUUGUAAAGACAUUUAAUCAGUUUGUAAUACUUAUAUUAUUCUAAAUGAAAAUUCAUUUUUGAAAUAAUGUGUUUAUUUGUGUUUGCCUUUUUGUUAUUAUAUAUUGAUAGAAGAACUGAGAUGACUUCAAGAAGGAAAGUUAAUAAAAAGAAGUUAAUCAC